GGAGGGCGGCCGAGGUGCGCGGCAGGAGUUCAUCCGAAUGGGCAACCCGCGGUGGCUAUCGUAAGGAAAAAUCGCCCUUCCCCAUAUCGAAAAGAAAACUUGUGAUGCUGAUUUGUGGUCACAAAUAAGCUUUGUCGUGCGUACAAGGCAAUCGGCACCCAUGUGGCGCAUUGCACAGCAAGCCUGUCAUGUGUUUUUGCGUAUAUCAGACAGGUCAUCUCUCAUGCUCAGCUGCUAGCCGGAUGCGUUUGCGUACCCAAAUGGGUUCGGAAUAUGCCGACAAGCUCUUGCUGCAACACACAGCGCAUUUGUGUACACAAAUCCCGCAACAGAAAUUGAUUUUGAGUAUGGGGUAGGGGUUUUUCUCACUUUGAUAGUGGCACGGGUACGGGGAUAAGCCCGAUUACGUGUAUUUGGAAAAUUUCACUGCGAUGCCGUACGUGGGGGCGGAACAAGAAGAUGAAAGCAACAACUCAUCUUCAAUCGCAAGCACCUAUAAUGCGGCGGCAGCGAACAUCACGGGCCUUUUUUCCGACAAGCCCUUUCCCGACGUGGCUCUCACGGUCA